CGCCUGCGCUCCUAGCUCCCUCGCCCGGGCCCGGCCGGCCGCCACUUCCGGGCGCUCACCUGGGGCGCGCUCACCUGGGACGCGCUCCCAGCCGCGGGCACCCAGGCGGCAGGAUGAAGGACCGGCUGGAGCAGCUGAAGGCCAAGCAGCUGACACAAGAUGAUGACACUGAUGAGGUUGAGAUCGCUAUUGACAACACAGCUUUCAUGGAUGAGUUCUUCUCAGAGAUUGAAGAAACUCGGCUCAACAUUGACAAGAUCUCAGAGCACGUGGAGGAGGCCAAGAAACUCUACAGUAUCAUUCUUUCUGCACCAAUUCCAGAGCCAAAAACCAAGGAUGACCUAGAGCAGCUCACAACUGAGAUCAAGAAAAGAGCCAACAACGUCCGGAACAAGCUGAAGAGCAUGGAGAGGCACAUUGAAGAAGAUGAGGUCCGGUCAUCUGCAGACCUUCGGAUUAGGAAAUCUCAGCACUCUGUCCUCUCCCGGAAGUUUGUGGAGGUGAUGACCAAAUACAACGAAGCUCAGGUGGACUUCCGUGAACGCAGCAAAGGGAGAAUCCAGCGGCAGCUUGAAAUCACUGGCAAAAAGACAACAGAUGAGGAACUGGAGGAGAUGUUAGAGAGUGGCAACCCAGCCAUCUUCACCUCUGGGAUCAUCGACUCCCAGAUUUCCAAACAAGCACUCAGUGAGAUCGAGGGUCGGCACAAGGACAUCGUGAGGCUGGAGAGCAGCAUCAAGGAGCUUCACGACAUGUUUAUGGACAUCGCCAUGCUGGUGGAGAAUCAGGGUGAGAUGUUAGAUAACAUAGAGCUCAAUGUCAUGCACACAGUGGACCAUGUGGAGAAGGCACGAGAUGAGACUAAAAAAGCUGUGAAAUACCAGAGUCAGGCCCGGAAGAAAUUGAUAAUUAUCAUUGUGAUAGUAGUUGUGUUGCUGGGCAUUUUAGCAUUGAUUAUUGGACUUUCUGUUGCACUGAAAUAAGAGUGCCCCAAAAGGCUGCUGCAGUGAAAUCUAUUUCUGAUCUUUCCUCUCCACCUCCUGGGCUUGAGGCUGAUUCCUCCUGUUGCCCUUCAUCAUCAUCCUGUACACCCGUCAGCAGCUCCUUUCCCCGCCUCUCUUAGAACCUGAUUUCAUUCCAGCCUGGCGUGGCCACCCUUGUCUGCAGAUGGGAACGGAGUUUGAAUGGCCUUCCUGAGAGUGCGUGGGACCUGUUCCUUUGUUUCCUUGUAAACCAUCCUUGGACCUGACUCAGCAAACAGUCUACCCUGGAGGAAUCUAACCUACCCGAAGCAACCCUGAGUUCUCAGAACCACCUGCUGCCCCACCAGCUCUGAUGUACCAUUCUCCUGGACCAUAUGAACCAGUGGGCUUCUUUUUCCUCCUGGGGUGUGCCAAAUUAUGCCUUGCACCUUGGAGAGCCCACGUGAGACCCUCCCAAAGGAGCUGUAUGUUCUACCUCAUGGGGUAUUCUCCUAGCAACUUCAAUGUACUUUUUAGGAGAGUAUCUUCAACAAAGCAGAGGGAUUCUUAGUUUGGCAACAAUAAGGCUUGGAUCUGAGUCUUCUACCUGAUGCCAAUGCUCAGUUUGUUGUCCCCAUGUUCUAAAAACACACAGACUGGCAGAUGCCAUUUUGGUCUGAGAGGCUGACUUGUUUGAAAUUCUUAAUUCCAUAUGUUCAGCUUGGGGCCAGCUUGACUCUUUAUCUGUGUCGUAUUCUCUCAUGUUUACUAAGGAGGGGCCAGGAUGAUGCGGUCAUCUGAGGCCGUCAUUUGCAAAGGCUGAGAGUACUGCAUAUCUGUUUCCAUGUCUGAGGCUUGGAAACUUUGCUAUUAGACAGUGAUGCUUUGUGAAGCCAUUGCUUUGAGGUCAGAAAUAACCAGGGAUGUCAAACUGGGCCAGGGACAAGGUGCUAGAGUCUCAGACUCCAGAAAUAUUAGAGACAGUUUGAGUAUUUGGUCACACAUGUGUUCCAGAUAUAUAUAUUUAUAACUGUGUGUGUGAGAUGUAUGUACAUGUAUGUGUGUGUGUCUCAGGAAGUAAGAAACUAGAAGUGAAAGAUAUGACCUCAAAAAGAAAAAGUUAGGCUAAAAAUUGCAGACACUUGCCUACUUGCAAAUGAAUCACUGUAGGAAUAUGAUCUUCCCAUGUCACCAAGAAACUUGUUUUCUAGUUGAGGAAUGGGAGGAUCAAAUGAUCAAAUGAGAUUUUUGGAGUGAAGAUCUAUCUAGUUGAUCCCUACUCAGUUUUUCUGCAUAGCAGAGAAGUGUAGUGUUUUGACAUCUUCCCUAUCUGCUGCCUAUGAUAGGCUCAUCCCAAGAAUAUCCCACAGCAAUUUGAUGUUAUCACAUGACCUAUGGGAUAUUGUGUCUCCAGGACUGAGUCAGCUGGGAGAGACCAGCGACUACAGAGUAGAUCUUCCUGUUGGGUUAAUGAACUAGACCGCUUGUGUCCCCUAAUUUUUAUUAUGCAGGAAGCAACACUAGGAUAUCUUCCAGUGUCUGUGUUAACUCAGUGGCAGGUGCCUCAGAUUCCCUGCUGGUCUUGGCCAGUCUCCCUGAUUUGGGGUACCGGCUAUAUUUCAGCUUUGACAUUAAAGCUUUCCAGGGUAGGGUGAGCAGCACCCUAAUCCAGGGGCUGCUCAUUAGCUUGCUUCGCAAAGGCUACUCACUCCGAGUCAUCACCUAGCAAUCAGACAGAACCAACGGAUUGCCCCUUGCCCGUGGUUAUGAUGUCAACUAGUGGACUGACUCCAGCAACAGGGGAACAAACUUUACGCACAGGCCUUUACUGACCACUGAGAGUGAGAGUGAGGCCUCGGGCUCACAGACUGGGAUACAGCAUGUGAAGGCUUUUUUUUUUUUGGUUUAUAAUUUUUAAAAAUGUAAAUGAUUAUUUUAUUGCUAACUUAAAAAUAAAUGACUUUGUAUUGAUUGUGAAAUAGUCUGGCUCUACCUUCCUGCAAGACAAGGUGACUUGGUGCCACCAUGUGGUAGAUUUUUGUCCAGGUUUUGGAAUGGGGCUAAAAUCUUUUUAUUCAAUCACACUGGUUCAAAAGAUCAGAUUUUUGUAAAAGAUUUAACUCCCAAAGCAUGUGAUGUAACUGUACCUGAGUUUCAGAUUUAAAGUGCUGCCUCCAGAAGAAUUGCGUUCUUUACUGAGAGCAUCUGGCUUUAGGGGAAAUGGGGGAGAUCUCUCCUAUAUCAUCGGAAAGGCAGAACCACCUUACACUAAACAUCCUCUGAGAGUCCUAUUGAUCGAAGCUUGGAUGUUUCACCAGGAAUAACUUUCCUGUUAACAUUCUGGGUUCAAGAAGCCAGAUCCAUCACCUCCCUCCUCCUGGUACUCCCUUUCCCUUCAUACCCUAGUCCAUAUCCCGGUGAACUUGGCUCCCUUCCCAGAACUCAGUGCUUACACAGGAAUGGUUCUCACGUGCUUUUUCUUUCCUUGUCUGGAUGAGCAGAAGAAGAUCAUGAUCAUGAUCUGCUGUAUUAUCCUUGCGAUCAUCUUAGCUUCUACCAUUGGGGGCAUAUUUGCCUGAACAAGGUGAGCCAUCUGGAGGGAGGGUCAGGCCUGCCGUUCCUUGAACUCUUGUGUCUGGGAGCAUGCAUUUUUUUGUCACCAGGUGGUAGGAUUGACACAGAUCAGGACCUUAGAAAACUAAAAAAAAGGUGUACAUCUCAUAGAAAAAUGAGUGAAGAAUGAGUUGGUAGCAGGUAGUGGGAUGUGGGGGGAGGAGUAAAGGAGACGGAAGGCAGAAGUCUGACCCACAGAGUGCUUCGCAUAAAUUAAGGAUGUUGAUUCCUGUGGCAAAAUUUGAGCCUUGGUGUUGGGAAUGGUGAAAGGAGUCAGUUUUUGUAUUAGAUGUACCUGAGCUCUGGAAGAGGGCCACACAUAAACCUAAAUUCAGAAAAUUUUUUCCCUCCCAAGGUUAGGACAAGUUAAUGCAGCCUUGUGCGUAGUCCCUUAUGCCUGGUGGGAGAGAAACUUGGUGAUCCUGACCAUGAACAUUGUGUUAUAUAAUCUAUGAUUUUCUUCCUCCAUUCUUAUCUCCUUCAGCCCUCACAGCUGGACCCUUGGCUGGCCAUUUCUAAUCCCUCCACCUUGGUGGUGCCAUGACUUCUCCACCGCAGACUCCUCACCCACUACUCCUCCUUCCAUUACGAGACUUCUUGUGACACAGGGCACCACUCAACUACUUAUUAAAAGUUGUGCAAAAGGAGAACAUGAAAACUGGAAUUGGGUGGGGGGGAAGGGUUGAAGGAACAGGGAGCAUAGCAACAUACAGCUGUUAGGCAGAUAAAGGGACUGCAGGGUAGAGAGCAAAGCAUAAUGGGUACUUGUUUGUAAAAGGAAUUUACAGCCUGCAUCACCAUCUGGCGGAGAAGAGGAAGCUACUGUAGCACACCAUGUUCAAUAGGCUCUUAUUUGAACUGCUGUGAGUUGUUUGAGAAGAUUGGGGUGUUUCUUAUUUCUGCUCUUGAGGUUCUUUGACCAGUCCACACGCUUCCCUCUCCCAGACCCAACAGUAGUCUUAAAUGCAAAGGUAAUCUAAGGAUGGGCACUGCACCUGUAUUGCCCACUGCUUAGCACAGUGCCUGCCACUCAGAGGUGCUCAAAUGUCUGAUUUAAUUACCUGUAAGUAAGCUCUGGUUUCACUCAUGGACAAGUCCUUUAAGGCAUCAGUGUGCAUACAGUUUGCUACUGCCAGAGGCUGUGUGAAGCUGCCUGGGAACGGGCUGAGCCAUUCAUGCAAACGUGCUACAACAGGCUCCCCCUUUUCCACAGCGUACAAUGUAAGAUGGUUUUUUCUAUGUGUGGUGAUGGAGGGGUUCUAUUAACAGCUGCUCACCCUGUAGAGAGGGCCAGCCCCAGAACUGCAUUCAGUAACUAAAUACAGACACCACUCGGAAGAAACUGCUUUAUACUACACCAUGAUUGAACUCCCAACAGCCAUCACACACUGUGAACCACAACAAAGGAGAGGUGCAGAUGUCACGUGAGAAAGGUGAAAUGCAGCCAUCACUUACUUCACUUCUCACCUGAUUUGAAACUGUUGGCCAGUGAUGUAUGUGCAAGAAACUGUUCCAAACACUGUCCCAAUUCAAGGUUCAACUGUAUUCAGCUUUAAACCAGCUCUGUGAAUACAACUUUGAACAUAAAUUAUUUAGUAAUUAAAUGAGGGUCACUAAAAAUACAUUAAAAAUUAUAAUAUAGAAUUCUUGAGGACCACCCAAAUUUUUAGAUAAAUGUUUUUCAAAGUAAAUUAAAUUCUUAUUUUCUUUGCUGGAGAUCUCUUUUUUAAGUAGGAUUAGAUAAUUACUUAUUUCCUCAGUGUGCCAUUUCCUACCUACUUUGAAAAGAAACUGGUUUAAUAUUUCUGUCAGUUUGUGUUUCCUUUAGUUUGAAUAGGGUACAGAAGACUGCUGCUGGCUGCAUCUGAAAAAGAUUAAUCUUGUUCAACACAGGGAGCUGGAACCAUGGGGGUUUGAAUCACAGGGCAUCCCCAUUUAUCCAGAAGUAAGCAACUGUGUGUUGCAUGGCACUGUUCUAGAUCUUGCAGGGGCACAAAGAUAGAGCCAAACACUUUCCCUCGUGGAGAAUUUCAGACCUAACAAGCACCACACAGUUUCAACUUUUGUUAUCAGUUCCCCUUGCUAAAAGGUGUGAUCCUUGUCAUAUUGUCAAUAUCCCUCUUUCCAAGCCUGAGAGAAGAUGGGUACCUUGGCAUCAAUAAAUACCUGUUCAAUCAG